AGCUUUAUGAGCCUCAUUCACGGGCGACACAAGCAGUUUGAUACACAGAGGCGACACGUGGGACAUUCCUGGCACACCACGCAGAAAGUUGCGAAAAUCCAGGGCCCUGCGUUGCCAUAUACCACCGCUUUCACUUCGUUCUCGGUAGCAGUCGAGUAGAAGGACUGCGCAAAGACAACAAGAGAUAUCCAGAACAUUUGGUCACUCUCCAGGUCACUCCACCUCUGAUCGUUUGACCAAACAUUCCGGCUAAGGCGGGCGCUUCUCGAGGAGCGACGAUGUAUUGCCUGCACGUGGUCAUCCUGUCUUUAUCGGCGGCCGUAGCGCUCGCCGUUCCUGCGUGCGAACUCUCCGAGUCCCGCGACUACCGGCGCUACAUGUGUCGUGACUUUCGGACGGCCAGCGACUUCACCGAGCACGUUCGGCGAUAUCCGUCCACGAAGCCGACGUGGUUCUCGCUGCACGAGUCACAUCUUUCCGCGCUGCCUCCGUCGGCGUUCGCGGGACUCAACGUCACGGUCCUGGAGCUGAGGUCGGUCGAAGUGGGACGUUUCGACCCGGCCGAGACCGAGAACCCUUUCGCCGGUCUCGAGGACACCCUGCGCAGGCUCACGUUCAGCCUGGGCACCAUGCCGUCCUCGUGGUCUCUGCUGUCCGGCCUGCGGCGUCUGGAAGAACUGCAGAUCCUUCACUACGCGCGCCUGCGACUGACGCGCGACUUCAACUACCUGCCCAAAAGCCUUAAGACGCUGCUCAUCGCAGAUGUUACCUUCGAGUCCAUUGAGGGCGGAUGGAUCAGCGACCUGGUCAACCUGGAGCACCUAAUUUUCCGAAACACGGGCCUCGACAGCUUUAACAGGAACUGGCUACCUUCGCCGGCGCCUCGUUUUACCACCCUCGACUUGCCGACGAACAAGUUGACUUCUUUCCCGGUAGGACUUGGCGAUAAUCUGCCAGCUCUGAACUACGUCAAUGUGUUCAAGAACUUAAUCACGACGAUCAGGGAAGAAGACUUCGCACCCAUCAAGGACAAGGUGGCCGUCGUCGACAUGCUGUUUAACCCGGUGCACUGCAACUGCACCGUGUCCUUCAUCCUGGAUUACCCGUCGUCGUGGCAUUACUUUCUGUGCGCCAGUCCACGCGACCUGAAGGACACCUACGCCACCAACCUGCGGUACAAUCAGCUCAAAUGCGAGAGCAUUCCCUGACUGACUGCUGCUGGGUGUACAGUUCGUGACUACCUACAGCGCGGAUAAGCGCGGAGCCAGUGCGCUUCGGUGCGCGUUCACUUCCGAUUAAAAGUGUCUACGUCCGCCGACGAUCA